CUGCAAGUAGUUCAACCUUCAAACCUUUCAUGAUCAUUAUUUUAAUUAACCUCUCCUCCAUUCCCACUUUCUUUUUCCUCUUCAUUACAAAACACAGACUACCCUCACUCUUUGCGUUUUUUCCUCUAAUCUCUGUACAUCUUCUUUAAAACCAACCCCAAUCCACUAAUUUCACUGUCUCACACGUAUUUACACUGGAACAUAACAGCCACCAAAAUCAAGUGCCAGAACACAGAAAAACGGCAGUGGCAAUGGAGGGGUUUCUUGUAGCUCUAUUUCUCUUAUCAUUCUUAUCUAUCUCAAAUGCAAAAAUGUCGAAUAAAAUCGGCAUAGCUUACGGCCGACUUGGCAACAAUCUCCCAUCACCUGAAGCUUCAAUUCAACUAAUCCAAUCCAUAAAUGCAAGUAGAGUAAAACUCUAUGAUGCAAACCCAGAAAUUCUCCAACUCCUAUCCGGUUCUAAUAUUCAAGUAUCCAUUAUGAUCCCAAACGAAGAAAUCUCACCCAUUUCUGCAAACCAAGAUUACGCUGAUCUAUGGGUUCAGCACAACAUCAUUCCAUACUACCCCAAAACCAUGAUACGUUUCUUACUAGUUGGAAAUGAAAUUCUAAGUUACAGUACUGAUCAAGAUCGCCAACUCUGGUUUGAUCUAGUUCCUGCAAUGAAAAAUCUCAGACGAUCUUUGAAAAAGUAUGACCUUUUGAAGAUUAAGAUUGGUACUCCAUUGGCUAUGGAUGCAAUUGAAUCAUCAUUCCCUCCUUCUAGCGGGACAUUUAGAUCGGAUAUAACCGUUCCUGUUAUAAAACCACUGUUGCAAUUCUUGAAUCGGACUAAAUCGUUCUUUUUUCUUGAUGUGUACCCAUACUUCCCUUGGUCUGAAAAUCCCGGAGACAUUAACUUAGAUUAUGCGCUUUUGAACGAGAAUAAUUAUACGUACGUUGAUCCCUUCAGUGGUUUAUCCUACACCAAUCUUCUUGACCAGAUGCUCGACUCGGUAGUCUUUGCAAUGACCAAGUUGGGGUUUAAAAAUGUUCGUUUGUAUAUUGCUGAAACUGGUUGGCCUUCAGCUGGUGAUAUUGAUCAAGUCGGAGCUAACGUCUACAAUGCCGCAACUUACAACCGCAAUCUCGUCGAACGGAUCAUAGGCACUAGAAGUACUAUUGGUACUCCGGCAAGACCAACUUGGGGCAUUCCCACUUUCAUCUUCUCCUUGUUCAAUGAGAAUCAGAAGCCAGGACCCGGCACAGAAAGAAACUGGGGAGUUAUGUAUCCAGAUGGGAGACCCAUCUACGAAAUCGACUUGACCGGGAGUAGACAACAAUCCGAGUACCAAGCGUUGCCGAAGGGGAAUAAUAAUGCACCGUACGAGGGUAAGAUUUGGUGUGUUGUUGCAAAUGAAGCAAGGAAUUUGACUAAUGAAUUGGUGUCUGCCAUAACAUAUGCAUGUGGACAGGGUAAUGGAACUUGUGAUCUCAUCCAUCCUGGGAGAGAAUGUUAUCAGCCCAUUUCAGUAGUUUCGCAUGCAAAUUUUGCUUUUAGUUCGUUCUGGUCUCAGUUGAGGAGUAGUGGUGCUUCUUGUUCCUUUAAUGGACUCGCAAUUCAAACUUCUCGAGAUCCCAGUCAUGGAUCUUGCAAGGUUCCUGGUGUGGCUCUUUGAGAAGGUUGAUUGACGUGUAAUUUUUAUAUAUUUUUAACAUUGAUCUUGUAAUAAACUUUGC